AUGCUAAAUAUCAUGCCUUAUUAUAAACCCGAAUAUACAUAAAAUGGAGUAUAAUGUCCGAUCCGUCCUCUCGCAUGACGGUAGCCCAUGCAUACCCGGGCAUGGUUUUCAGGAGGAAUGAUAUGGCCCAGCAACAUCAGGAGCCCAGAAGAGAUAGGCUGAAGCACAGACCCGCUGAUUUGUGGCCUGAUCCUUGGGCAGCUAAUUGUGAAUCCUUUUUUCCAGCAGCGCCCUAGCCAGCGGGUGCCCGAAAUGGAGCAGGGUGAUUUCCCUGCUCAAGCUGCUCUUGAUUAAUUUGCCCCGAAUCACGGAAGUGGUUGAGGUUUUACUCAGGGAUGACCUGAUAAAAGGGGAAGCAGGCUAGACUCGAAAACAAGGCGGUCCCUCCAGUUCAAAGGGUCCUUUAAGAGGACGACACCGGCCAGGGUAGGCACAGUUGGCCUUAGACGGCGAAGGGACUGAGUUGGAAAUGGUGGUGCCCAGCAAGGGUCUGCGAACACAAAUAGGGCAACCCACUACCGAGAAACCAGGGUUUCGGCCUGGACUCAGAGGAACCAGAGGUGAAAGUCCACCCAAUUCGCUUGUGCCAACACGCUACUGGAAAUAGAGACUUUAAAUAUUCAGCAUUAAACAUUAACAAUGUAAACCCGACAUAAUAAAUAUAAUGAGCGCUGAAAGAAAUAAAAAGAUAAUCACAGAGGAAGAAUGGAAAAAGCGUAUUGAUGACUUACUCCCCCAUUUUAAUAACGAACACUUUUUUGUUCGUUAUUUAAGUGUAAGUUUAAGUUUAAUUGAAUUACUCUUUCUUUAUCUCCUUACUUGAGGUCCAACUUGUUUAACAGCUCUGAACAACGGUAGGUGGACCGACCUAACCGUCGAACCGUUAGGGUUAGCAAGUCCGUUUAAGACUUCUCUGAUCAAUGCCAGGCUCAGCAUUGACCUCUUCUCUUUAUCGACACUCUCAAGAGGAUGGCCUCUUUACCUAAUCUCGAUAAUAGGUCAUUGCCUGCUGGAGCAGGGUUUAGGACCUAUCUCUAACUGACAUUUUUAAUAUUGUGUUCGUUAUUAAAUGAGGUCUAACUUAUAAAAUUUAUGGGAAAAGCAUAUAUAAAAUUUUAUAUUAAAUGUCUAUUUUUUUUUUAAAAAAAAUUUCAGAUAAAGGAUUUGGUGGUUAUGGACAUAAUUAUGCAAGAUUUUAAAGUACCAGCUUAAGAUUAAGCCACUAGCAACUUGCUAGCUCUUAUUUAUUAUUAUUUGUUCGAUUAUGCUUGUCCUUAUCUUAUUCUACCUACUUAAAAUUAGUAAAUUGUAAAGACUAAAUUAGCUUAUAUAAAUUUUAUAAUAAAUUUUGUUCGUUAUUAAAUGGAACCUAACUCCCCCCCUAUCCUUGAUCGAACGACUCGCCAUCGUUCGAUCAAGGAUGGGGGUUAAAAAAAUUUUUUUGGGAAAAACAUUUUAUAUAUAAAAUAAAAUUAUAUUUUUUAUUUACUUUUAAAUAGGAGGUUAAGAGUAUUUAAUAAUUAUUUUUACAGCAAAAAAUUGAAUUAAUUUCAUAAAAUACCAAUUUUUAAUAUUUUGAUUUAUUAGUUACCCUUUUAAACUGAAUAAAUUUUAAUUUGUUCCUUAUUAAAUUAAAUUUUUUUUUUAAAAAUUUUAAAGAAUCUCUAUUUUAUUAGAUUAUUGAGUUUUUAAGCCUAUGUUAAUGAUUAAAUCACUUCGGAUGGUUGAUUCCGCAGCUUUCUGUCGUCUCAAAGCUCUGAAAACCACUUCAUUAUGUACAUCUUCCCAAGCUUUUGAUAAAUAAUAUAUUUUUUUAUAUAUAUAAAAAUUUGCAUGAUAUGAAAAUCGUUCCAUCAAGGAUGGGGAUUAAUUUUCCCCAAAUUUUUAGGAAUUUUUACAGUCAAUCGUUCGAUAAAGGAUGGGGGGGGAGUAAGGAAAUUUUAGCGAAAAAAAAUUACGGUUUUGUUCGUUAUUAAAUGGGAGGAGCUAAAAAUUCCAAAAAAACAGCUUAACCAGUUGGUGAUGAAUUACUUAGUUCUGGAAGGCUACAAAACAGCAGCUGAGCAAUUCCGCACAGAAUCAGGAACUGAGCCAGGGGUCGAAUUAAGCACUUUAGAAGACCGAAUGAAAAUUAGAAACGCCAUUAUGAGAGGGCAGAUAGAAGAAGCAAUUGACAUGAUCAACACUUCAAAUCCUUUACUUUUACAGCAAAAUCAGUCACUUUUCUUCAAUUUACGCCUGCAAAGACUUAUUGAAUAUAUUAAAGAAAACCGAAUCAGUGAAGCUUUGGGAUAUGGCCAAGAAGUUCUGGCACCAGCCGCACAAGGAAAUAAAGAGUAUUUGGGCGAAUUAGAGAAAGCAAUGUCAUUGCUGGCUUUUAAUGAUUUAUCGACUUCCCCUGUAAGUCAUUUAGCCUCAAUUUCUCGUCUGCAGCAGAUAGCGAGUGAAGUUAACGCGGCAAUUUUGACAAGCCAAGGACAGCCGCCAAAUUCCAAGCUUCAAGUGUUUAUGAAAUUACUAUCAUGGACACAGAGAAAGCUGGAAAAUACAGUAGAGUUUCCAGUCAUUAGAGAUUUGGCAGCUGCCAGACUGGAAUUACCAUAA